AUGCACAAUUACGAUAAAAUGGAGAAGAUUGGAGAGGGGACAUAUGGAACGGUGUUUAAAGCCAGAAACAAGAGUAGUGGUGAGAUCGUGGCGCUGAAAAGGGUCAGAUUGGAUGAUGAUGAUGAGGGAGUGCCCAGCUCAGCUUUGCGAGAAAUUUGCAUCCUUCGAGAGCUCAAACAUAGGAAUGUGGUCCGUUUAUACGAUGUGGUCCAUUCGGAGAACAAACUAACACUGGUUUUCGAGUUUUGCGAUCAGGAUUUGAAGAAGUUCUUCGACUCGUUGAAUGGUUAUAUGGAUGCGCAGACCGCCCGUUCCCUAAUGCUGCAACUGCUUCGUGGUCUCUCAUUCUGUCACUCGCACCACGUCCUCCAUCGUGAUCUAAAACCCCAAAAUCUGCUAAUCAACACAAAUGGGACACUGAAAUUGGCGGAUUUCGGUCUUGCGAGGGCAUUCGGUGUCCCUGUGAGAUGUUUCAGUGCAGAAGUCGUUACCCUAUGGUACCGCCCGCCAGACGUGCUUUUUGGCGCCAAAUUAUACAAUACUUCCAUUGAUAUGUGGUCCGCCGGAUGCAUUUUUGCAGAAAUCUCCAACGCCGGCCGCCCACUAUUCCCCGGCGCCGAUGUCGAUGAUCAGCUGAAGCGGAUUUUCAAACAGUUGGGAAGUCCAACUGAGGAGAGUUGGCCAUCGAUUAGUCAGUUGCCGGAUUAUAAGCCAUUCCCAACCUACAAUCCGACACUGACUUGGAGCCAAAUCGUACCCAAUUUGAAUACUCGUGGACGUGAUCUUCUGCAGAAGCUUCUUGUGUGCAAUCCGGCUGGAAGAAUCGAUGCGGACACGGCCCUACGUCAUGCCUACUUUGCGGACACCUCCGAUGUCUAG